UGCAGUAAAAAGUUACCGUAUGGAACGGUCUUGUGUUAAUUGAAUAUAUUCUACUACUACUAGACCUAGACAACAAUAUAGAAUUAUGAGCCCAUCCGGAAAGUGGAGAGGCUGGCUUGCUGUGACGGGUGGAGUUUUGGUCCAUUUGACGAUUGGAACGAUUUACAGCUAUGGAAACAUGGCACCUUAUAUGACAUCAUACAUUAGGAAGUACAGUUAUCCUUCAACUCUAUCUUAUCAGGAAUCCUCAUUCAUCUUUGCCUUGAUGUUGUUUGGCCAGGGCUCCUCCAUGUUUAUUGGGGGCUAUAUUGAAGCCAAACUAGGCCCUAGAAUUACAACUCUGAUUGGUUGCUUGCUGGUCAGCAUGGGUAUGAUGUUGUCUGCCCUGUCCAUCCGAGUCUCUUUCUUUCUGCUUCUCCUAACCUACGGCCUCAUCUUUGGUCUUGGAGUAGGCAUAGCCUAUGUGCCUCCACUUGUCUGUGCAAUGAAGUGGCUGCCAGAGAAGAAGGGGCUUGUGAACGGUCUUGUGGUUGCCGGUUUUGGGGGCGGGGCGUUCAUCUUCAACCAGAUCCAGACGGGAUACCUCAACCCCCACAACCUGGACCCGAAUGUGACGGAUUCGCAAGACCACACAGCCAAAUAUUACGAUCAAGACUCCAUAUUGGAUAAAGUCCCUAUGUCAUAUGUUCUGCAAGGAGGAAUCUACUUGGCCAUUCAGAUUGUGGGUGUUAUUUUGUUGAAAGAUCCACCAGACAAUGGGGUCAACAACUCUCUGUACAACGACGAGAGUGGUCUUUUGGAUGCCCAGUCCCAGGCCAAGAAGACAACCCACAUGGAUGCCUCUGAUCCCGAAGGUCCCACAGAGGAAGGAGACGAAGAUGGCCAAUCCAAACGACUCCCUUUCGGUAUUCCUUUCCCCCUGGAGAAUGGCGGGGACUCCAAGGCCUCUGGGCUUGACCUCCCUCCAAAAGUGAUGGUUCGGACCACCGCCUUCUGGUUGCUAUGGGCAACCUUCCUUGUCAACGGUCAAGGCAUCAUGUUCAUUUCAAGUCUCUACAAGGCAUACGGUCAGAUGUUUAUCCCAGAUGACCAUUUCCUUGCUCUGGUAGGAUCCUUUGCAGCCAUCUUUAAUGCUGGAGGUAGGCUGUUCUGGGGCUGUUUAGCAGACAGGUAUUCCUACAAGUUGGCGAUGGUCUUACUGACUGGAUCAAACGCUAUCUUCAUCCUCACUCUUGUUGCCGCACAAUAUGGGGGCAAGGCCAUGUUCUUUAUCUGGAUCUGCGGAAUCUUUUUCACCUUCUCCGGAAACUUUGCCCUCUUUCCAACUGCCACUGCAAGGGCGUUUGGAUCCAAGUACGUAGGGCCCAACUAUGGGAUUGUGUUUACAUCAGUGGCUCUCUCAUCAGCGAUAGGAGCUGUGCUAGCUACGACCCUUCAUGAUCAUCUGGCUUGGUUUGGAAUGUUCAUGAUCAUGGCAGGAUUCUCCAUCAUCGGCCUUGUCCUCACAUUUUUCUUCCGAGUGAAGAACCAAGAAGGAAAUCAUAUAUGAGAAACCUUCAGUUUCCGCUGCACCAUACUGCAUAUGUGGGUAUUCGAUCACCAUGAUAAGGCGAUGUAUUGUCCCUCAUAAAUAUUCACCUCGCCAUUAUGUGGUGAAUAUUAUUAUAUCUUCAGCUUGGGUUAGCAUUCAGACAGAUCAUUGUGGCUUUUCAUACAGCUGUUUGUAAGUUACCCAUAAUUUUAAUUGGUUAACACUGAGUGAUUUGUGUUCACAUCAUAUUUUUUCAACUCUCAUUGAUAUCUGAUCUGAGCCUUGUUAUAUUGCCCCAAUCCACUCUGUCGAGUGCUCAACGUUCUUUUCAAGAAAUCAAAAGACGAAAUGUACAAUCAGAAUACAAUUAAUCGCAACUUCACAUCCACGGUAUAAAACCACAUCCGAAAAGUUGGAAUCAAUUAUAGAUUGAUUGUAUCUCUUUUAUGUUACACCAAGGAGAUGAAUCUUUGAAAAGUCCUGUCUCCCAGGUUACACCCUCCUCCCCCUCCCCAUCAUUCCCCACUCCUCCAAUCAACACAGUGUUAGGUUAUGAUACAGCAGUUGGAAAUUAUUAUUCAAACAGAGGUUGUACAAGCAAAUAUUUGUCAUCAAAAUAUAUUAUUGAUACUCUAACCCUUAUUAACAGACAAAGAAAAACCAUAAGAUAUUCAUGUAUGAUUCUUGAGAUAUAUAUAUUUUUAUCAAAAUAUAUUGAUACUCUACCCCUUAAUAGGAGGCAAAGAAAAAACACAAGAUAUUCAUGUCUGAUUCUGGAGAUAUAUAUAUUUUUAUCAAAAUACUUUAUUGAUACUGUAACCCUUAAUAAGAAACAAAGAAUAUUCACAAAAUAUUCAUGGAUGAUUCUAAAGAUAUAUAUAUUUUGCACCUUUUAGGAGCUUGAUUGAAUAUGUAAAACAGCUGCCUAGUGCAUGAAGAAUGCCUUUUAAUUGCCAUUAUGGAGUUUACAGACAGAUAUAUAUUAAAUCUAGAUACAGUAUUUGUAUAUUUUGGUGAAACGCUAGAUAUUUAUGUAAUUCAGUAUUAUAUUGAUAUGCAAUAGUUGAUUGCUAUUAUUGUGAUCUGUUUGUGCUAUGGGCUUGAAAUGUGGUGAUGAGUGUCUCAUUGUGGGCUUUUAUUUAGUGUAAUAGUAAUGUCUUUCUGUCUUGGGCUUUUGAAAUUCUGCCGCUGAUUGUACACUGUGCAAUAUCUAUGUCUGCCACUGAAUGUACAAAAUGUGCAAUUGAUUUAGAUCUACUUAAAAAUUCAAAGAGAUAACAUAUCUUUCAAAUACAUUAGACUUGCUAAAACUAGCACCUCAUUACAAUAUCUUUGUUUCAUGACAAGAAAUAUGUAUUUUACAGGAUGUAUUCAUUGCUAUACUUCUGUGCAAUUUAUAGAGUUUAUUAUUAACAUGUAUUUUUCUUUGUAGCUCAGUGUAUUUUCAUCAUGUACCAGUACAUCGUACUUUAAGAUCCACACACCAUAUGCCCCAUACAGAUUAAAGCACAAUUACCAUAUAUUGUGUGGGUUAUCUUUUACAAAAACUACAUGUAUAUGUUUCAUUCAAAUUAGAUUAUGCAAAUUAUAACCAUCAACCAUCCACAAUAUAUGCACAAAGAUUUCGUGUGGUUAUUUUGUUUAUGAAUGUAAUCUGUAAAAUUGUGUAUUUCAUGCCUUAUUUCUUUCUUAGUGGGAUCAUAUAGGCUAACAUGUAUUUCUUAUUUCUCCAUUCCAGUCCUGUAUGAUUUCAUUGUUCAAUCACUAAUGAUAUUAUCAUGGAGUUAAAAAGGAUGGAGGGACAAUGAACUGCAAAUUAAUUCAUGUAGUUUCCAAUUUCUAAAGAAGUAGAAAAGAAUACAUGCGUCCACUUAAGCUUUUGAUGGCAAACUGUGAUGCUGGUAGUUUCAUUGAAAAAAUUGAAAGUGAUUUGUGUUGAAAAAAAAAUUAUUGGGAAAACAUGUGUUUCCAAUUGUAUUUGAUGAAAAAAAGUGGAUAUUGAAUACAUGACAAAAUAUAUAUCAAAGCCUCAUUGUGUCCCCUGAAAUGGGGCAAAAUAUUUUAGGAUAACAUUUUCAAAAUGUGAAAGCCAAUUUUCAAAUGAAAAUUUGAUGAAUCUUAA